AUGGGCUCUGAACGUUCACAGGAUACACUCAGAAAGCGAAUGCACCUACUUGAGCGUGCGCAGUCUGGAAUGUCGAAGAAACCGAAGGAAACGGAUGCUGGGCACCAUACGGAGGACACGUCGUUGACGGAGCUGGAAUAUGAGACCGGCACGGAAUCCAGUGAAGAUUUGCCGCAGAUGUCUGGAAAGCCCUUGGUAUCUCCGAAUCGUUCAGAACGUGAUGCUCGCGCGACCAGAGAUCGCGAGAGCGAGACGUCGAGCAAUCGCGCUUGGUACCAAUUCGAUCUUGCCGUUGUCGCAGCCCUCGUUUCGCCAGUAGGAAACCUUCUUACGGGAGGCGACCUCGUGAAAAACUUGCUGUACAUCUUGCUCUUGCUGUUUUAUCUCCACCAGCUCAUUGAAGUCCCUUGGUCGAUGUACCAAAGUGCCAGGCCUCGUCGUCGCUCACCACAUUUACCACCUGAUCCUACUCCUGACGACAUUUACAAGCAAAAUGCUCAUACCGAGCUGCGAAGGACGGAACUGUUCUUUUUGAUUCUGGCAACGGUGUCUCCUUUCCUCGGAGCCUCUUUCUUACGCUACAUCCUAGCCCAGAUCGCGGGCGAAGACGUCCUCACCUGGUUCAGCACCGGCCUCUUCCUCCUAGCUACCGGCAUCCGUCCAUGGACGCAUGUCGUCGAGCGUCUCACCCUCAGAAUAUCGCACCUCCAUAAUGUCAUACACUAUCCCAGCCCUGAGCAGACUACCAAAGAUCUGCAGCAACAGUUGACGGACCUGAAGCAGCAGAUGGCGAGGGUCGAGCAUACCCUGGGAAAGGUCCGGCGGAGAAUGGACGACGGAGCCGAGGCGAUGUACGAGUAUGUGGACGAAGCCGUGGACGUCGUAGAGAAAAGCUUGCGGAGGCAUGAGAAGAAGUGUGAGAAGCAGGAUCAGAGGGUCAAGGACAUUGAGAUUUCUGUGGAUUCUCUGAGGAAAGUCAGAGGAAGGUGUCUGGACACGAGUGCGAAUCAUUCGCUGCUUUCGUACGUCUUACCUGCGUGGCUCGUCUCUCCGCCAUCACGUCCAUCUGCAGUCAAAUAUCCUCCUCCUCUUUCACCUUCAUUCGCUACGGCGACGUCUUCUUUCGCACCAUCAGAGCGCCUACCAACGAUACCUGAAAAUGGCAAGCUGAAUUUACGAAAGCCAGUUCAGGAGCAUCCUACGGGAUUGGGUAUGAAGCUCCUUUAUGGCACCGUUUCUCUGAUGACACUCCCUAUCCGUAUUCUGGUCGGCCACUCCUGA